GUCUUUAUUGUGCAUACCUGGAGCUUGCACGAGCUGUGGUGACGGUCUGCAUCACGUUAGCGUACUCAUGAGUAGGUAACUAACUACCUAGGUCGCGCCUGCUCGUCGAGCUUGGCCAAAACUUUCCGCCGCGUCCACCUCCACCACCUGCACACCCCAAUCCCAUCACGCGCAACCUCCCGCCGGACCCACUGCAGCACACAACUGCCGUGCGCAGAUCUGUUCUAGUAACUUCUUGCAGACUGCCCAUACUUUCGCUACUGUUGCGCGAUCCUGCGACAUUAGCUCCAAGGGCUACGUUCCUUGCUGCUCGCACACGCUGCAACCCCCACAAUGUCGGGCGCAACAGGUGCAAAGGGGAAGAAACAAGCGAACAAGAACGCCUACAGGCGCGCAAAGAAGAAGGCGCAGCUCACUGAAACACCCUCUAACUCUACGCCUGAAAGCAAGCCCGCUGAACUAGAAAGCGACACAAAUAAGGAUGCGCAUGCGGUCAAGUCCACGGACUUGGUCAGCCUCGACGACGUCUCGGACCAAUUCGACAUAGACGACCCACUCUUUGAGCAGUACAAGAAUGUUUUCGAAAAGUACAGAGAGCGGACUGAAGAAGAUAUAGCCACAAAGGACGAUGAGAAGCCGGAGAUCUACUACAGUGACAAUGACGACGUCAGUGAAGCAGAAGAGGGCGAACCGAAAAUUUCAAAGAAGCAGCUCAAGGCGAUGAAGAAGCUCUCGGUCGCUCAACUGAAGUCUCUGGUGGCCAAGCCAGAAUUGGUGGAAUGGACAGACGUGUCAUCCUCCGACCCGCAGCUGUUGAUUGCUAUGAAGGGCGCGAAGAAUGUCAUACCUGUACCUACGCACUGGUCUCUCAAGCGGGAGUAUCUUUCAUCCAAGCGUGGUAUCGAGAAACCGCCGUUUGCACUACCAAAGUUCAUCCAGGAGACUGGUAUCGCUGAGAUGCGAGAUGCUGUCCUUGAGAAACAAGCGGAGAUGACAAUGCGACAAAAGCAGCGCGAGCGCGUACAAGGAAAGCUGGGUAAGCUGGAUAUCGAUUACUCAAAGCUGUACGACGCUUUCUUUCGAAGACAGACGAAGCCCGAGUUGACACGAUAUGGCGAGGUGUAUUACGAGGGAAAAGAGUUUGAGACAAAUCUUGUGAACCUGAAGCCUGGUGAAUUGAGUGAGGAGCUCAGAGAAGCGCUCGGUAUGGCACCAGGGCAUCCGCCACCAUGGCUGAUUAACAUGCAACGCUUCGGUCCAUCACCUUCGUAUCCCAACUUGCGCAUCCCCGGUGUAAACGCACCAAUUCCUCCAGGAGCUUCUUGGGGGUUCCAGCCUGGACAGUGGGGUAAGCCACCGACAGACGAUGCCGGCCGUCCGCUAUUUGGUGGCGAUCUCUACGGAACCAGCAUCCUCGAAGAUCAGCAGCAUCAUUCCCAUGACGGUGAGCCGGUUGAGCGUACGACAUGGGGUGUUCUACGAGCCGAAGGCGAAAGCGAGGACGAGGAGAGCGACGAAGAGGAAGAUGACGAUGAUGAAGAGGAGGAUGAAGAGGAGGACGCAAGCGGCAUUCAAACGUCGAUGACUGGUGCUGCGUCUGCUAUGCCUUCUGAGAUUGGCGGCACAGAAAGUAUUGGCGGCGAAUUCACGCUUCGUAAACAGCGCAAGGGCAUAGAGACUGAGGAGCCUGGCGCCCCGCGGACCGCCUACCAAGUCCUUCCAGAAAAGAAUAUCUCAGCAACCGGCUUCUUCGGCGGCGAGCACGCAUACGAUCUCGACGCGGCCAAGAGGGACCGCCUUGGAGCUAAUUUGAAGCGAAAGGCUGGGGACGUUGACAUCUCUGUGGAUGUCGACCAGCUGGCAGACAGCGACAAGUUGGACAAGGACGCUUUAAAGAAGGAAUAUGAGUCGAGGCAACGAGCCGAGGCCGCAGGAGAGUGGCAGAGUAUCGACCAAGACGAUCUCGCGGACAUGAUAGCAGCAGAAAGCAGGAAGAGGGUCAAGAGGGAAUCCGAGCGUGGCAAUAAGCGGUAAAAGCAAGAGGCGGCCUUCUGUACAAAAGCAAUUUGGCUUCGCGAUUAAGCAGCUCGACUUGAGCCGGCGUUAUGGAUAUCCAUGGGUUUCAAAGAACAGUAGCCAGCA